AUGCCGCUGCAGGGCGUGGGAGACGCCUGCGGAUCCACCAACGCGGCGCCGCGGCCUGAUCGGCUGCUGCUGAUGCGCCGCGGCGUCCAGCAGUCGGUUCGUAGAUCUCGGUGCAUUUGUUGGUGUGCACUCAAAAGCAGGCUGGCAUCCUGCCAGUCAAGCAGGUUGUUUCACGACCAACAGGUUCGUUUGGAUCGGGGGUUUGUCAAGACAGGCGGGUGCUUGGGAAAGGCGAAAGUAGAGGCACCCACUGAAGUUGAUGCUGCAUUUAGUCGUAGUGUAGAGGUGGUGGGAGGACAGGUAGGGGACACCACAUCGACAUCCGACCAAGAUCCACAGGUGCUGGCAGCUUAUUCAAGCACCAGCGAGCCCAGUGGAUUGAAAGAUGGUGAUAGCAUUGGAGCUUCCACUUGGAGUGCAGGAAGUCCAUCGCGCUCCAAGAAAGUCGAGGGAAAAAAUGAAAUAAUCGAUCUGAGAAGCCUGAUUGGGGAUGAGAGGGUGCUGCAACGUCUGGAGGGCAUGCCAGAGCUCAUUCGCUUGGAGGACAUCGAUUUCGACGUGCUGGACGAAAUGCUUGAUGAAGAAUAUGGGGACAUUGGAGACAUAGACAUACCCAGCCAUAGGGGAGAGAGCGGAAAGAGGCGGGGUAGACGCAGGGGGAUGGCCCUACCAGAUAUGCAUCGGGCCAAGAUCAGUGUGGCCAUGCGUGGCAGGAACAGGUACAGGAGAUCCACUGAGCACAGGACUAAGAUCGCACAGAGCAUGCGUAGGAUGUGGAAGAAGCGAAGGGAGGGCAUGAAGCCCGCACGGCAGACAAGUGUCACAUGUUCACUGUGUGGGGAGGCGGGCCACAACAAGAGGACCUGUCCCAGGGCCAUUGCCCCUGCAGCUUCCACAACAUAUCGCUGCAGCUUCUGUCAAGAACCCGGCCACAAUGUCAGAACGUGCCCAAAGUUGAAGGCUCUCAAAGCAGAGAAAGAGGAACAGAGAGCACCGCCAAUGGUGGCAGGCAGCUCCGCACAGCAAGGAGAGGAACGGCAACGCAUACCUGAGCCAACAAGCCCGUCAGAAUUCCCUCAGCAACCACUCGUGCUCCAGCCUGCAGCAAUGCAACAAGCCAAGCAAAUGGCCAAGGCAUACCCUGUCCCCCUCAAGGCUGAUGCCAUUCGCUACGAGGCUGUGCAAGCAUGUCUGCGAGCAUGGAAGGCUGGUGUUCGACGCCAAAGGCUUGAGCUCCAGGUCUCUAUGCUGAAAAUUGGAGACCCUGUGGGGCCGCUGGGGUGGCCUGGGGGCAUCCAGCAGCAGUUCCGCGCUGUGACACCCCUCGUGGAGUCCAUCCUGAUGGACCUGAAGCGGCAGCAAGGCUUGGAAGGGCGCCUGGAGGCCCAGGUUCUUGAUGAGGGGGAUGCUGUUGGGUGCUGGGAGAGCAAGAAGCUUGCAGCUGUGCUGUUUCCUGUGUCGGAUACUGUUGACCGAAUCAGGAGACUAGACAGAGGCUGUGGUGGCGAGAGGUUGGUGAUGAUGAUCAACCCGCAAUGGCAGCCUGGUCAGGUGGUGUCAGACUUCGGCUUUGGCGCACAGAGGAAGCUGCGGGAGGAAUUCGUGGAUUCGUUUGAGAAAGUUUUCUUUCAAAAGGAGAUCAACAUAUUCAACGAUCGGGUGCUGUUGUUGCGUUGCUACCCAGGAGACUGGCAGGUUCAUCUCGUCCGGUCAUCGGGGCUGAUCGAUCUAAUAUGCACCCAGCCCCGGGAGCCAAAAUACGAGGAGCUGCUGGAUCUGCUGAGGAGAGUAGAUGGCUCGAUGACUCAGUUGAGCUGGAUCGAUAGACUGCAGAUGCGCUUGUUGCAGGAAGAGCCCCCCCGGCGGCCGUCCAGCUCCACACCAGAGGGCAUUCCAACAGAGGCUGCUCCAAUGCAACCUCAGCCUCCUCCUGCUGACAUCGAAGACCCUAACCUUGACAUCGUGACGGGUCAAUUGGUGCGGGACCUGAAAUUGGAUCCUGUGCGUGAGUUCAAGUCUCUGCUGAAGGGAAAGCAGCAGCAGUGA